CCUCAAAAUUGUUUGUUUGGCGCGUAAAGUGCUAGAUUGUGGACUGUUUUAUCUUUGUUUAUGGCUAGGAAUAUUGAUAAAUUAUUGAAAUCGUAUCAUUUACAUAAUACAAUAUUAAUUCAAUGUUACUAAUUCACCUGUUAUUCUUUUAGAAUAACGUAAAUGCUUUAAAAGCCAGCUUUGGUAAAUUAACCGGUUCAAGUUGAAAUUACUUUCAACGGAUUUGGAAUGGAUUCUUAAGUUUCAACUUGUGUUAUGUGAUCCUAGACAGAUCAGCAAUCAAUGGCUCUGGAAAAUAUUGAAGAGACAAUAUCUUUUCUGUAAAACUUGAUCAAUUUGUCAAGAUGGACUUAUACGAGGUUUUUAGCAAAUUCGAACUGGAUCUCUUGCCAAAUGACUGGGUGAAGGAGAUUUGGCAGAAUCAAUUCAGUGAAUUGGUGGAGCUGCCGCCCGCAUAUGAAGAGCACUUGGAGACGGUAAACAUAAGACAGCUAUUGAAUGCUGCUUGUACUGCUAUAAAAUCAUGGCUCGGCACUGGUGAUAUGAUCGACAACACUGAACUCACGUCUUCAUCUCCAAGUAAACUCAACCACACGUCCAUGUAUAGAAGCAGACUCAGUGAAGCACAUUCCAUUUUCCAGAAAAGUACUACUGAAGGACAUUCAACAAUGCAAAGUGGCUCUUCCACAUUAUCAGGAGCAUCAACAAUUUGUGGCUUAAAAUCUUGGCAGACACUUAUCACCAACAACCUUCAACAUAAACCGUUAAUUUGUCUUAUAAGCAACUUCAUUCUUACUGCAAAAGAGAAUCCCAAUGACGAAAGGAUACAGCAGAUAUCUCUGGGGGCAACAAAUCUAUAUUUCAUCCUCCUUGCUGUGCCAGGAAGUAAGGUAUAUAAUAUAUUCAAUCCUGUGCUCUAUGCGCAUGCAAUUGAGAGUUUGAAAAUAUGUUCUGCUCUCGACGAAACUGCAAAACCUACCAGUGCAUCAAAUAAUGCCAAAAAUAGGCGAAAACGAGCUGAAGAGGACUCUGAUGAAGAUGGUGAAGAAGUAGGCAAUUCGAAAAAAGGUCCGAGUAUUUCAGCAGCUGGUAAAAUUAAUUUGACUAGGUGUUUAAAUGUGCUAUUAAAUGACCUAAUGUAUUCUUUGGAACGGUUCAAAUUGAAAGGUCAAGAAGAUUCUCUUAUCCUCACCAUUCAAAUCCUAGUGCUAUUAACAAGGUUGGAGAAAAAACAAUCCAACUUCCUGAUACAUUCGCCGAAUCAAGUUUCUGUGACUUCGCUAUCCAGAAAUGCGUAUAUUGUGAUGAAAAAUCUAUGUGAGCCUGAUCAUAACAAUGUGGAGGAGACUGUGAGAUUCAUCAUGCGUGAAUUGUUACCCAGUAUUUUAGUAAUUGGCACUCAGCCAUCCCUCAUUACACCAAAAGAGGCUGGAGUGAUCAAAGACCAUUCAAUCAACUUUAUCAAAACUUUGCUGCUAACGAUUGAUGAGCCCGCUUACAAAGCAGUGAUGUCACUUGUGCAGCACCUCUGUAUCAGAGUUCCCGACAGAGCCGAGCCCAGGGCAAAAGCCGUUAGUAUUGUGUUCGAGGUAUUACAAGUCCUACCUUCAGUCUUAUACGCCAAAGUAGUGGUCUGGAUGAUGCAGCUAUCUCAUGCGGGCGAGGUAAAAAAUAGAAUAUUUGGAUUGGAAAUCGUCUCAAAGUUGUUGUUCACAAUCGACAACUUCACUUCCACUCUGGGAAACCGACCGCACAUUGAUGAAAACAAUAAGGAACACCCUUAUGAAAAGUAUACAACUUUCGCCAACAUAAAAUUCCUUCUAGCAACUGUGCUUUCACGCUGUAAAGAUCACUCAUCUAGGGUUAGAGCAAAAGCGCUCACCAUUUUGGCUUCAAUAAUACCAGGAAAUGCAGCAAUCAAACAUGUCAUCGAUGAUAUUUUUGUCAAUCCCUACAAAGAUGACACUUCUCCCGAAGAUAGUGUAAUUUACAAAAAGGAUUUCUUCAAUCUUCAUCAUUUCCUCCAGAAUUUUGAAGAGAUUGCCGAAGACGAAUUCAACCCUCUACCAGGUGCUAAGGCCAUCCUAGAACUCUUGGAAACUUCUGUUUUCGAUGAGAAGGUUUUCGUCAGAAAAUCAGCAUUACAAGUUUUGGCGAACUUAUUCCUGUACUGUGAAAGAUGGAUGACCCCACAACUUCUUGAGCUGAUGGUGAGCAAUUGCAGAGACAUCUCUGUGUCAGUCCGUAAAAUGUUGGUUCAGUGCUUGACUGAAUUGAUUGAACGAUUCCCGAAGCAUCCCAAACUACCAAGGUAUUGGGUGCGCGGUGUCUUCCCGCUCCUUGCCGAUCAAGAAGUCAAGUCACAAGAGAAAGCUCUUGAGGUUUUGGAAGGAGUAAUACUGAAAAAUAUUGUUUCUUUUGAUCGUAUGAAUAAUGCUCAUCAUAACUUACCUUGGAUAAUAUUGGACAUAGUAGGAGAUUUGAAACUUCAAAAGCUUUUCAACUUCGCUUGUCAUAAGUGGAUACUAAAUGGAGUUAUAAAAUCACCCUUGCUGAAGAACAUAAUAUCUCAUGUUGGCACCCAACACAACAAUGCUGCUUGGUUUGUCUUAGCUACCAUCUCAGAGUAUAUGUCCAUCAACAACCCUGAGUUCAUAUUGGAAUAUUUUCAGAAAAAUAUUCAUAGUGCAGCUGAGGCUGAUAUCUACUGCAGUCAACUUGUGGUGGAGACAAUGUUCCUGAACUGGACUCAGUUUUCGGAUGAAGAUCUGCUGCAACUCUGUACGGAAAUGUUGAGCUCUCUGAAUCAUUUCAUCACGCCGCUUCAUCUCAUCAGCCGAUACAUGGAUAUUUGCUACAAAAUAACUGAGCAUGCUACUAUCAAAAUAGAACAGCAUGGAGAAGAGGAGGCUCAACAAAUUUGUAGGACGAGAGUGCAAGAAUGGGCUGGAAAGCUGAUUGACUCAGCUGAGAGAUUUCUUGAAAAACAUAUUGGUGCCAACGCCGAAGCCGAAAUAAGCCCUGAAGAUGAGGAUCUGAUGUGCCAAUACAUUCACACAUUGGGGGAUGCUAUACUUAUUAGUCCUAGGAAAAAUCUCAAAUCCCUUGAUCUACUGAAAAACUUAUUGGAGUCCAGUGAGUGCAGCGUCGCGUCAGAGAAAGAAACUAACAAAUGGAAAGGGAAGGUGUGUGCCAGAGUUAGUGCCGUAGCUAUUAUAACUCUUGGGAAGAUCUCACUGCAGCGAGAAAAAACAGCUACAUCUCUGGUUCCACUUUUCGGCAAACUUCUAUCGCAUAGAUCAAAACCAGAGAUCAAAAUCAAUACAAUGAUCGCGCUCACUGAUCUCUGUACCAAGUACACGUCAAUUGUUGAAAAGCUGCUGCCGAACAUGUGCGUUUGCUUGAGAGAUAAUGACUUGCUGGUGAGAGAGAACACACUGACUCUCCUCAUCCAACUGAUGCAGGAAGACUACCUCAAGCUGCGGUGUCCCAUAUUCUUCCAUCUACUCUACAUGCUGUUGGAUGAGGACCCCACAAUAAAAGACAUGAUUUCUGGCUUCUUGGUCAACUCUCUUCUAGUCAAGCAGAAGAAUGUGAUGAGCCAGCAUUUCGUUGAGAGUCUUUUCCACUACAAUCAAUAUACUAUGCACGCCGUGUAUUCUAAAAACUUGAUGAGUGCAGCUGAAGCCGAAGUUUUUUCAUUAAGUGGUGAUGAUAAUGCGGAGAAAAGAAGAUUUAUCUACAGAUACAUGCUGGAGCAUAUGCAGGAUGAUCAUAGGUUCAAGGCAACGUACAAUAUUUGCGUGGAUAUUUUAGCUGGAGUCUCCGAUGACAAGAUCGAGUUGAAAGGCAGCGGAAUAGCGCUCCUGAAAGAUGCUCUGUAUGUGCUCUCAAGUCAGGAGAUUCGACUCUCGCAUUUACAGUCGAACAAACACAACGAAGAUGAUGACGAUGAUGAGGAUAUCAAUGUUGCCCAAGUCAUCACAAACAUCGCCAAGAAGACGCUCGUAUCUCAGGUUGUCAAGAAAAAUGUGAUUGAGCAUACAGUUCCAAUUAUCAUUAAACUCAAACACAAGCUGAAACAAUUGAAAUCGCCCCUUGUAAAGGACCUGAUGGCCUACUUGAAAGAACUGAUGAAAGACUAUAAGACUGAGAUCAAUGAAAUAUUGGCAGCCGACAAAGAGUUGGCGGCUGAAGUAGCAUUCGACCUGGAGUCGUCGAUGAGUCAGAGCUCGGGCGAUGAGAGCGGCGACGAUCUCAUGAAGGCUGUGACCGACAAGACUGUUCUGAAGCAAAUCAUGGCGCAGGCCGUGGUGCAGGUGGAGCGCCUCAGCGCCAUCUAUGAGGCCAACGAACAAGAGGAGCAGGUCAACACUCAACAACAGGACAACGUCGACGCCAAUCAACAAGACAAUGCCAGUCAACAACAAGAUAAUGAUAAGGACACGGAUGAAAAGAACCAGGGGGCAGACAGUCAGGUGGAAACAGAAACGUAAACAUUUCACGUAUGCGCAAUUGUGAUGUUAAUGUAAGACAAAUUCGGUGUUAUAAAGAAGAAACAUUCUUGUGUUAGGCUAGCCA